AUGCCACAUUUGACUGCCGAGUUGAUUCUUGCUUGUGUGCUCUUGCCCAUCACGUACUAUCUUUAUCGUGCCGCUCGAGAUCCGCUUCGCUCCGCCCCUGGACCUUUCCUGGCAAGGUUCACCCGACUUUGGUAUCUCAAAGCUGUCCAUAAAGGCGAUUUUGAACUACAGAACAUCCAGUUGCAUCGGCAAUAUGGACCGAUUGUCCGCGUUGCACCUAACUGGUACAGCAUAAGCGAUCUAGACGCAGCAGCCACCAUCUACAAUACUCAGAAUGUCUUUCCCAAAUCGAAAUGGUAUUUCGCUUUUCAGCAACCAGAUGAGCCAAACAUCUUCUCAACUCACAACAACAAAUAUGCCGCCGAGCUACGCAGAAAGUAUAAACCAGCCUUUGAUGUGUUUCACGUGUACGAAUAUGCUGUCGACGAUUGCUCGAAGAUUCUGGAGCAGAGGCUGUCCGAAUUUGCAGCGAGCGAAAGUGAGGCCGAUCUUGGUUGGUGGCUCACCUGUUACGCGUUUGACGUGAACGGCCAAAUUGCCUUCUCUAAACGUUUCGGCCAUCUUGACGAGGGCAAAGAUGUCGGCAAUAUCGCCGCAGCUCUGGCUGAAAGGCUCGAUUACGUCUCACAUGUUGGCAUAUAUCCUUCUCUUCAUCGUCUGUUUUGGAAGUUGGUCAUGGUAAUGACCUUCGUCACUAAGCAAAUUGACUAUACGUACGUCUUCGCACAGAACCAACUUGAUGGCCAUCAACGCCGCCGUGAUUUGGAGACCGGAAAAUCCUCUGAACCACCGGACAUGCUUGACAGGUUUCUUGACUUUCACAAACAGAAUCCGAAUCAUUUCACUAAAAACGACGUGCUCAUCGGAGCAUACAGCAGCAUUGCAGCUGGCGCAGACUCUACCUGGAUUUCUCUUGGCAGCAUCAUCCACUACGUGCACAAGUAUCCUGAGACGCUACGGAAGCUUCGGGCUGAGAUAGACAUGAUGACUCGCGAAGGGAAAAUCUCCGAUCCAGUGACAUUCGAAGAGUCGAAGAAGAUGCCAUACCUCAAUGCUGUGAUUAAAGAAGCUCAACGAAUGCAUUCCCCGACCGGUUUUCCAUUGUGGAGAGUGGUUCCUGAGUCAGGGGCCACGUUAUGCGGACGAUACUUCCCUCCGGGAACGACAGUUGGCGUCAACAUUUGGGUAGCUCAUCGCUCUUCAGCAUUUGAUCCCGACCCAGACAUCUUCCGGCCUGAGCGCUGGCUUGAAGCCGAUAAGAAGCAGCUGGCUAAGAUGAAUGCUUCAUAUAUGCCGUUUGGUAUGGGUCCUCGAAUAUGCCAGGGCCAGAUCAUAGCAAUGAUGGAGAUGGGCAAGAUCAUUCCGCAACUGUUUCGCAGAUUUGACUUCGAUUUAAGCCCGGAUUGGCAGACGUUCAAUCACUGGCUUGUGGGACAUAAAGGUUUGAAUGGAAAGGUCAAGUGUAGAGAGAAUCCUACUUAA